GUGAUCACGGCGCUGCUACAGCUGCUGACGGAGGGGCAGCAGCCAAUGACAAUGGAGGUCGCGUGCAAGGUGUCGGCACGUUAUUGGGGGAAGGGGCGGCAGGAGGACGCGACUCUGCGGGUGCGGGGCGGUGAGGUGGUGACAGGAGUGUUUGACAAGGCACAGUUCGCCCGCUACGGCCUCGUGCACUGCUUCCAGGAGCUCUAUGGCUGCCCUGCUGCCGGCAAACUGCUCUCCUCGCUCAGCCGCCUCCUCACCACCUUCCUCCAGAUCCGCGGGUUCACCUGCGGUGUUGGCGAUCUGCUGCUGACAGCUCCGGCUGAGGCGGAGCGAGCAGCAAUCAUAUCGCGGGCGGACAGCAUCGGGGAUCCCGUUUACGCUCAGUUCGUGGGGCUCACUGGGAAGAAGGCCGAGACUGCGAACAAGGAGUGGGUGAGGCAGCACGUGGCCCUACAACUGCGCACGCGGAAAGACGCCGCUACAGCCGCCCUCGACAACCGAAUGACCUCCGCGCUCAGCAAGGUCACCACCGCCGCGACCUCCGCCGCGCUGCCCGACGGGCAGCUGAAACCUUUCCCGGCCAAUUGCAUGUCGCUGAUGACGGUCACGGGCGCCAAGGGCAGCGGCGUGAAUUUCAACCAGAUUGCGGUGCUGCUGGGACAGCAGGAGCUGGAGGGGAAGCGCGUGCCGCGCAUGGCCUCCGGGAAGACUUUGCCGUGCUUUGAGGCGUGGAGCAGCGAAGCAAGGGCUGGGGGUUUUAUUGCUGAUCGGUUCCUGACUGGGUUGCGGCCGCAGGAGUACUAUUUCCACUGCAUGGCAGGCAGAGACGGGCUGGUUGACACUACAGUAAAAACAUCCCGCAGUGGGUACCUGCAGCGGUGCCUGGUGAAGAACCUGGAGGGGCUGCGGGUGCACUACGACUACAGCGUGCGGGACAGCGAUGCAUCGAUUGUGCAGUUCCGGUAUGGAGAAGAUGCCAUCGACACCAGCAGGACCUCCUUCCUCACCAACUUCGAGUUCAUUAAAGAGAAUGAGCAGCAGGUGGCAUCGGCCCUCCGCUUGGACGAAGCGAAGGCUCUCGGCCUUGAGGCAAUGAGUCCUCAUGCCACUGCAGAGCAAGCAGAAACAGCAACAGAGGCAGCAGCAACAGAGGCAGCAGAGCUGAUGGAUGUGGAGUGCCCAGGGUCGAAGCUCGGAGUCGUUUCCCCCGCCUUUGAAGCUGCCUCCGAGAAGUUUCUGCAGUCGGCGGUGCUGGGGAAGGGUGCCAAGGGAACCGGGAAGAAGGGGAAGAAGAAGGAUGCAGAGCGGUUGAGAGAGGUGCUGGAGAUGAAGUACCUGGCGUCUACUGUGCAGCCAGGGGAGCCGGUGGGGGUGCUGGCGGCUCAGUCAGUCGGGGAGCCCUCCACACAGAUGACGCUGAACACGUUUCACUUCGCAGGGCGAGGAGAGGCGAACGUGACUCUGGGCAUUCCGCGGCUGCGUGAAAUCCUCAUGACCGCUGCUCGCAACAUCUCCACGCCUGUCAUGGACUGCCCUCUGCUGCCCGGCCGCACGCUUGAGGACGCUCAGCGCAUAGCCAACAAGCUCCGUCGGAUCACAAUGGCCGAGCUGAUCUCAGCCAUCCAUGUCUCUGAGCGCACAAAUCUGGUACAGAUCAACGGUGGAGAUCGCAACUCGAGGCGCUACUCCAUCCGCCUGGCCUUCCACCCCACCAGCCGCUACCCUGCCGACCUUGACCUUAAGUUUGAAGAAAUCAAGGCUGCGUUCAGUUACGAGUUUGUUCCCAGGGAGGGAAGAAGGGAGGGAAGAAGGGAGGGUUGGUGGAUGGGGAGGCGGAGGAAGAGGAGGAAGAGGAGGAGGGAGGGGAGGAGGAUGGGAAGGAUGCUGAGAAGGAGCGGGGGCAGGGGGAUGAUGAACAGGAGUAUGAGGAGGAAGAAGAGGAGGAAGAAGAGGAAGAGGAUGAGGAGGAAGAGGAGGAAGAGGAGGAAGAGGACGGCAGAGGGAGAGGAGGGGGUGGAGCAAGCAGAGGGGGAGGGUAAGGGCUCUGCUAAGAGAGGGCCAGAUAGUGCUGGUGAAGUGAAGGUAAAGGCAGAAGAAGAGGAGGAAGAACAGGAGGAAGAAGAGGAGGGGGAAGAGGAGGAAGCAGAGGAGAAGGAGGAGGAGGUGGGAGAAGGUAAAGCAGAUGCUGCAGAAUCAGCAGGAGGGAAGAGGGGGAAGAAGGAGGAUAGCAAGGCAAAGAAGACCAAGAAGAAAGGGGAGAAAGGGGCGGAACAAGGGGGGCAGAAGAAGAAAAAGAGGAAGGAAAAGCAGGUGGCAGUGGCGACGGUGACAGGUGGCGACACGUGGAUGCAGAUGGAGGUGUCGGUGCCGGUGACGUCACCCGCUGUUCUCAUCCAUGAGAUUGUAGACAAGGUGGCAGCAGCAGUGGUGGUGCGGGCCACACCGGGAGUGCAGCGCUGUGCUGCUCUCGAACCAGCAUCUCCAGGCCAGCCGCCCCGCAUUCAAGUCGAGGGACUCAACUUCCCCGGCCUCUGGAACCUCGCCGUAUCAACCAUGGGGAAGCACGACGACGAAGGGGUGCUCGAUUUGAAUCGCCUCACGACGAAUCACAUCGCGGCGGUUCUGACGACGCUUGGAGUGGAGGCGGCGCGCGCGACGAUCGUGAAGGAGGUCCGGGGCGUGUUCGGGAUGUACGGGAUCGCGGUGGAUCCCAGGCAUUUGGGUCUGAUUGCGGAUUUUAUGACGUAUGAUGGCGGUUACCGUGCGUGUAACCGUAACGGGAUUGAUGCGAACCCGUCGCCGAUUUUGAAGAUGAGUUUUGAGACGGCGACCAAGUUUUUGAUAAAUGCGGCGUCGAAGGGGCAGACUGAUCGGAUGGAGUCUCCGUCUUCGAGGAUUGCGCUGGGGAGGGUGGUGGAUGUUGGAAGUGGGUGCUUUGACCUCAUGCACAACCUGUAA